GGAUAAUCAAUUUGGCAACCAGGAAAAAUAUGAAAGAAAUAUGACAACAUCUUUAUGCAAACACUGCGGUUUUUAGGUUAUGUUGUUUCUGACGUAAAUUUUGCCCUCGUGUCUUCAAAUUUUUAUAUUCAAACACUUCUCAUCAGUUCCUGGUAAUCAUGCCGGAAGAACUAGCGGACUUAUCGCUAAAGGAGCUGUACACAUCUGAAAAACAUGGAUCAGACACUGAUGGAGAUGGAACCGAAUCAAAGCCAUUCAAGACAAUUUUACAAGCUAUGCGCCAUGCAGGCAAAGAACCUUUUCCAGUCAUCUAUGUAGACAGUAAAGAUGAGAAUCAAAAGUUUGAACCAGCAGCCAAAUCGCAAUUGAAGAAAAUCAGCAAGAUAUGGACGAGGGAAAGUUACAAGACAGCUGAAAAAUCGAAAAGAGAAGAUGAAAAAGCAGAGCAACGUGCCAAAAAUAUUGAAGAAGCAAAGAAGAUUAAGCUUCAAGAAGACUCCACUCUCCCUCCUGCCAAAUUGGUUAAAAUAUUUGGUUUAGAGAAGCAUAGAGGUGAACGUGUGAAAAUCUAUGGCUGGGUUCAUCGCUUAAGGCGUCAAGGUAAGACAUUGAUGUUCAUCACUUUGAGAGAUGGAACUGGAUUCUUGCAGUGUGUUUUGAAUGACAACCUGUGUUUGACGUAUGAAGCAGUCACGCUCUCUACAGAGUCAUCUGUUCUUCUGUUUGGAACUGUAAAGGAAGUUCCUGAAGGGAAAACCGCUCCAGGUGGUCAUGAAAUGCAUGUCGAUUAUUGGGAGCUUGUCGGAGCAGCUCCUGCUGGUGGUGCUGAUAGUAUUCUCAAUGAAGAAGCUCUUCCAGAUGUCCAGCUUGACAACAGACACAUCAUGAUUCGCGGUGAAAAUACCUCUCAAGUCCUGAAAUUGCGCUCAGUUGUGACACAAGCUUUUCGAGAUCAUUACCUAGCUCAAAAUUACACUGAAAUAGCACCGCCUACUCUUGUGCAGACUCAAGUAGAGGGUGGUUCGACUCUCUUUAAACUGGACUAUUUUGGGGAAGAAGCAUACUUAACUCAAAGUUCUCAGCUGUACUUGGAGACUUGUUUGCCAGCAAUGGGUGAUGUUUUCACUAUUAGUCAAAGUUACAGGGCAGAACAGAGUCGAACAAGAAGGCAUCUGGCAGAAUAUUCUCAUGUUGAAGCUGAGUGUCCAUUUAUCUCUUUCGAUGAUUUAUUGAAUAGAAUUGAAGAUCUAAUAUGUGAUGUCGUGAAAAGAGUUCUUGACUCACCCUAUGGCCAUGUAGUUUACCAACUCAACCCUGAUUUCAAACCUCCCAAAAAACCAUUCAAAAGGAUGGAUUACAGUGAAGCUAUUGAAUAUCUAAAAGCCAAUGAUAUUAGAAAAGAUGAUGGCAGCCUAUAUGUGUUUGGUGAAGAUAUUCCUGAAAUGCCAGAGCGCAAAAUGACAGACAAAAUUAAUGAGCCAAUCAUGUUAUGUAGAUUCCCAGCUGAAAUCAAGUCUUUUUACAUGUCGCGAUGUCCUGAAAAUGCUGUUUUAACGGAAUCAGUGGAUGUCCUGCUGCCAGGUGUUGGUGAAAUAGUCGGUGGCUCAAUGCGUAUCUGGAACUAUGAAGAAAUGAUGGCCGCAUACGAAAAGGCUGGAAUAGAAAGUGCUCCAUACUAUUGGUACACAGAUCAACGAAAAUACGGUACUUGUCCUCAUGGAGGUUAUGGACUAGGAUUGGAAAGAUUCUUAUGUUGGCUUCUCAACCGAUACCAUAUUAGAGAUGUUUGUUUGUAUCCCAGAUUUUUGGAAAGGUGCAAGCCUUAAUUUUAGGAGCCCCCCUCUCACUCUCUCCGCCUGGCAUUUUAUGAAAACCAUUUUGUCCACUACCAAAGUUGAUGCCUCCCUGUGGAAAAUCCCUUUUUUUUAGCAUAUAGUUUUCUAAUUUAAUUAUUUGUGUAUUUAACCCAGUGAAACUGUACAAUUAAGCUUUAGUCGGUGGCAUAACUUUGUUUUAUCAUCAAAUUUCACAUUAUGAGUAGAUCCAUACAGCUGGAGUCCUUUUUUUUACUUGAACCAUCAAAGCUAAGUGCAUUUAAGGGGGACGUUUUCAAUGAAAAUGUCUAUCAAAGAACUAGGGAAUUGAUCCUUCGAAAGGUAUUUUACAUCAUUUAGUCAUGACUGAGAACUUAACUUAUCCAUAAAAAUUUAUUUAUUUUUUUUUUAUUUUUUGGUAUAAGUAUUUCUGAUUAUUUAUUCAAAUAGUUAAGUAGAUCAAAAGUCAAAAUUUUCAUGUCAGAAUCGCACACAUGUAUAUUAAAACUAGCAGAAUUCGCCAAUCUUUAAGUAAUUGAAUUACUAUAGAAUUCUAUCUGUAUAUUUGUGUUUCUCUAAGAUUCAAAUGCAGCACUUGCAGCAGAAAUGAAGGAUUUUUUUUUAUUUUUUUAAUUCAUUUUUAUCCGUUCAAUACAAAGAUUCAGGCAAUUUUAGAAUGAUAUAUUUCUUCAGCCUUAGAGAUUCUCAAUACUCAUUGUGAGACCUAAUUAAUUAUCUUCUCUUUGUGCCUCACUUUAUCUAAAAUUGAUUGAUUGCAAGAAGUAUGCAACAAAGAACUAGGUCAUCCAAUAAUCGUGCUAUUUUCCAAUAUUAUUUUAUUUACUCUAAAUGUGAACAUCAUUAACAGAGUUUCAGGCGCAUUGGAAUAUCAUCGCCCAUAUUUUUUUUCACUGAGCAUUUACUAGUAUUCAACCGAAAGUUUAAUUAAUUUUGUAUGUCAGGUAAUUAUUGUAUCACUGUCUGCUCAACGCUGCUACCUAGUUGUACUUUUCUUUUUCCUUAGAUAAUAAAGAUCUCAGCUCCGAACCUUACCUGCAAUUGUGAUCAAAUUCAGCCCUAGGAUAGCACACAUUUUUAAGUGACCAUAGUAAUGUCUUUUGAAUUGUACAAGUACAUUGUGUGGUUUCUUUUCUAUAUUUGCAAAUCUUAGAACUUUUUUACAGCAUUAUGUGAGUAAAUCAAA